AUGGGGAUUAUACAGUCUGUGUUCUGUGGGACAACCAACGCAACUACAAGCAUUGACAAGCAUGUAGAAACUGAAUGUAUUGUUUAUUUCGUAGAAGCUUUCAUUCACGCAUUCUUCAUAGUACUGAUGUCUAUAGUUCUCGUCCUGCUUGGAUAUGCUACAAAUCUACGGUACUAUCAAGCCACGACCAUUACGCUAUAUCCGCGUCACUCUCUAAAAUGGAUGAUAAACAUAGCGAUAUUCAUAGUUUUGCUUUGCGGCGUUGGGGAAGGAGUGCUAACAGACCUAACAAGAAACACAACAACACAUCCACACUUAUACGUUCCCCAGUCACUAGCACUCGUCAGUGCUGUGAUGAGUCUGGUCUACUACCACCACAUGGAAUACUGGGACCGACCACAAUUAUCCUGGUUAUUGCUGGUGUAUUGGAUUACAUCUACUGUUAUUGAACUGCUAAUACUUAACAGAUUAAUACAACAUACAGGUUUCGACGUGAAUAUUCUACGCUUGGAUAUCAUUAUUUUGCGCACACUGGGCUACCUUGGGUGUCUUGUAUUGGAGUUAAAUCUGCUUCGAAAACAAGUAUUCCAGUGCUGUUCAGUCAGAAAUAGACAUAUAAAUGACCACAAGAAGAAAAAGAAGCAACUACGUUACACUUAUAAUUCAACCAACAUAAUGUCACGUGUUACUUUCUGGUCCGUCAAUUGGGUUUACAUACUGGGGUACAAAAAACCCAUAGAAAUUAUAGAUUUGGGAUGUUUACCGGAAAACUUCGAGUGUAAAUAUCAACACAAGAGAUUUCAAAAAGCCUACAAGGAAAGCAACACAUCUGGAAGAAUCUCACUUUGGAGAACAUAUGUGAAAGCAUAUGGCCGAUCAGUAUUUAUAUCCACUGUGUACAAGUUAAUUAGUGAUACGUUUGGUUUUAUUCCACCCUUGGCCGUAGGUGGCGUCGUCGCAUAUAGUUCAAGAUUGUAUUACAAUGAUGACAUAUCAGAGGAAUAUAGUACGUAUUACGUAACAGUUAGCGAAUACUUCAGCAAUGGUUUCGUAUUGUUAGGUGUAAUUUUCAUUACCACAAUACUGAAGUCGAUGACACUGCAAUAUGGAGGAAAUAUAUCAGUUAUGGAAGGGGUGCACAUUCGGACAGCCCUACAGAGUGCAAUAUAUGACAAAGCAUUACGCCUGACGUCAUCUACAUUAUCUAGUGAGACCAUGUCAAUUGGACAAAUCACUAAUCACAUGUCGGUGGACUGUAUAGCUCUACAAUGGUUUAUCAUGAUGCAAUUUUUCAUACUUACCAUACCAUAUCAGGUUAUCGUCAUCCUGUUAUUGUUAUAUAUGGAAUUAGGGAUAGCAGCGCUUAUUGGGUCUUCAGUAUUUUUAAUUGUUACGCCCUUACAAUACAAAAUCAGUGAUAACAUGAGCAGAUUACAAAGGAAAGUGUUGGCCAUAUCUGAUGAACGUUUAAAGAAGUCCAACGAAAUGCUACAAGGUAUAAAGUUACUUAAACUGUGUGGCUGGGAAGCACUAUUUUUCGCUACUAUUGAGACGGUCCGGGCACGGGAGAUAAAACAAAUGAUGCUUGUUGGUGUUCAUAUAAUCAUUACAACGUUUUCUUCUAAUGCCACGCCAAUUUUUGUGACAUUAAUUUCAUUCGUUGUCUAUUCAACACUGAGUCCAACUCCUCUCACUCCAGAAAUAACAUUUGCAUCGUUAGCGCUGUUCAAUCAACUCGUGGUUCCACUACUUCAACUUCCAAAUAUGCUCGGUUACUUUGUUAACGGUAUUGCUAGCACCAAACGAUUGAAAAUAUUCUUCUCAUCUGAUGAAAUUGACUUAUCUGGGAUGUACUAUGGACGACCAGACACACACAUAGGUUACCGUGACAUUGAACCUGAACAAGAUGAAAAGGUUACAGGUGCAUCAUUCUCUUGGGAGGGAGAAUCUGAGACACCCACAUUACAUAAUAUAACCACUGAAAUCCCAAAAGGAGGUCUCACAAUGAUUAUAGGUUUAGUUGGUAGCGGAAAGUCAUCCCUUAUAUCGGCAAUACUUGGAGAAAUGACUAUUCUUUGUGGCAAAGUAGAGUUUAAUAGAAAAACAAAUUCAGUAUCCUACGUGCCUCAAAAACCAUGGUUACAGAAUGCAACCCUCAGAAACAAUAUAUUGUUUGGUUCAUCAUUUGAUUAUGCAAGGUACCAAAGAGUACUGCAAGCUUGCUCGUUGCUGCUUGAUAUUGAAAUUCUACCUGGUGGUGAUAUGACGGAGAUUGGAGAGAAGGGCAUUAACCUCAGUGGAGGACAGAAACAACGAGUCAGUUUAUCCAGGGCACUGUACAGCAAAACCGAUAUAUUAAUAUUGGAUGAUCCGUUAUCAGCUCUAGAUGUACACGUAGGAUCUCACUUGAUGGAAGAUGGAAUUAUUGACUUCUUAAUUCAACAAGAAAAACGCACUGUUGUCCUUGUAACCCACCAGUUGCAAUAUCUGAAAUAUGCAAGCAAGGUUAUCGUUGUUGAUAAGGGCACAAUUGCUAUACAGGGGAAUUUAACAGCAAUACAACAGCAUGACCCAACACUAUAUUCGGAAUGGGAAGGCGUAAUGAAGAUGUUAAGUGAGUCAGAAGUGGAAAGUGAUAUUGAGAAAAAUACUGGCGACGAGCGGGAUUACCUAAAGAAGCAAGUCUCACAGAAACACAACAUGUCCAAAACGGACAAAAUAUGCGGAGAAAAGUUAAUUGAAAAAGAAGAACGUGAGACUGGCUCCAUGUCCGUGACGGUGUUUCUGGCUUAUGCAAACGCAAUCAAAUACCCAAUUGUUUGUCUUAUCUUAGCUUUGUUUGCAACACAAGGCACUUUACUGAUAUUAACUAACUUUUGGUUGUCUGAUUGGUCUGAAGCUGGUGUUAAUGCAGACAACCAAACAGAGAAAGAACAAGAUGAAAUAUUAAGUUACUACUUGACCGGUUACAGUUCACUUACUAUGUCCUACGUGAUGGCUACGUUGCUAGCCACAUCUUGUCAUAUAAUAUUUUCUUUAUUUGCUGCCAAACGUUUACACAUUGCGCUAUUACGUAAUAUCGUCAAUGCACCAAUGAGGUUUUUCGACACAACUCCAACAGGUCGGAUACUGAACAGACUUUCAGCUGAUACCCAAGUUAUAGAUCAGAAAAUUUGGCUUACCAUGAACUCUUUUAUGAACUCGUUCUUACAAGUGGUUUCAGCCUUAGUUGUGAAUAGUAUUGUGACUCCGAUCUUUAUUGCGUUUGUGACACCUGUGUUGAUUGUGUAUAUCUUCUUGCAAAGAUAUUACAUUACCACCUCAAGAGAAAUUCAGCGCCUUGAUAGCAUAACACGGUCACCUGUGUUUGCCCAUUACUCAGAAUCACUGGGAGGUUUGUCAACUAUUAGAGCUUAUAGAAAAGAAAGUGCUUUCAAAAGACGUUUACUUCGAACAGUGGAUUUUAACAAUGUUGCACAGUUGUAUCUACAUACCGGCAAUAGGUGGCUGGGAAUCCGACUGGAAUUCUUGGCUGCUGUUAUUAUUCUUAUAUCAGGAUUGUCUGGAUUGGUAUCCUCAGUUGCAACUGGCCUUGAACCGAGUCUAGUUGGUCUUUCUUUGACCUACGCAAUUUCAAUAUCAGGAUAUAUGACGUGGAUAAUACGGAAUGCGGUAGAUAUUGAAAUGCAAAUGAAUGCAGUUGAACGAGUUAAACAUUAUACGAACAUUGAGGUUGAACAGUAUAACGGAAUAUGCAACCCACCAAAAGAUUGGCCCGAUAGAGGGGAUAUCAACAUAGAGAACAUUUCAGUACGUUAUGCUACUGGAUUGGAACCUGUAUUACAAGAUAUCAGCAUUCACUUUAGAGCAGGCAAUAAGAUAGGUAUAUGCGGGCGAACUGGUAGUGGUAAAUCGUCGCUCACCUUGGCAUUAUUCAGAAUUAUUGACACGUUUAAAGGUCGUAUCCUGAUAGACGGUGUUGAUAUAUCGCAUGUACCCCUGCUGAGAUUACGAAGACAAAUAUCAAUUAUCCCACAGGAUCCUGUAUUGUUUAGUGGAACUAUAAGAUUUAACAUGGACCCAGAAGAGAAGCGAAGUGACGAGGAAAUAUGGAAUGCUCUGUCUGCUGCCCAAUUGAAAGAUAUCGUUCUUAAACUUGCUGGUCAAUUAGAUUCACAUGUUAGCGAUGGAGGUGAGAAUUUCAGUGUUGGCCAGCGUCAGCUGUUUUGCCUAGCCAGAUCAUUUCUCAGGAACGCCAAGAUUGUUAUCAUGGAUGAAGCCACGGCAUCUAUUGAUAUAAAAACAGACACAAUAAUAAGUCACGUGAUAUCAUCGUCGUUUCAAGAUACUACUGUUCUCACCAUAGCUCACCGCAUGUCAACCAUUCUGGAUUCUAAUUACGUAUUGGUUUUAAGUGACGGCAAAGUCGUUGAAUAUGAUACACCACAGAAUCUACUCCAACGAGAUGAUAGCGCGUUUUCCUGUUUAAUUCGAGAAAGUGGUCUAUGA